GACUCGGAGCAGACGCAAACCAUAGAGUUACCCUGCGUGGUCCCAACAUGGCCGGGUUGAAAAAACUCCUCUGCUCACUCGUUGUUCUCUUCCAACUGUGUGCACUCGCUGCGUUUGGACAGGAGUAUUUUGUGAUCGAUGAAACAGAUGACACUGAUGAAUAUGAGUAUUAUGAUUUACCCACUGAAAUCCCUCGAGGGGAUUCAGAUUUUUAUGGUUUAGAUGACUGGUUGUAUGAACUCCUGGAUUUAACAGAUCAGUGUGAUCCAAACCCGUGUUUGAACGGAGGCAGCUGUGACACUUAUCUCGACGGAACUUUCAUAUGUGUGUGCCCAGAGCCUUACACUGGAAAGAAGUGUCAGACUGUGAAAGAGGUUUGCAAGAAUGUGAAGUGUGGCCAUGGGAGCUGUGUUGUUACAUCUACGGCUCCGUUCUACGAGUGCAAGUGCAAGCCUCCGUACAAACCACCAAACUGCAGGAAAGCUUCUCCCUGUAGACCUAAUCCCUGUCAGAACGGCGGCUCUUGCACGAAAGGUCCCAAACGCUCGUCCUUCCAGUGUUCCUGUCCUUAUGGAUACAACGGAAACUUCUGUGAAGUUGGACCAAAUGACUGUUACCAGGAGGAUGGAGAGUUUUACCGCGGCAUGGUGAGCGUGACGCUGGAAGGAGAAGAGUGCUUGGACUGGAAUUCUUAUUUCAUCCAGCAGCAUGGUGGAAAUCCUUUCAAAGAGUACGCAGGCUUUGAUGGAAUCGGUCCACACAAUUUCUGCAGGAACCCUGAUGGAGACGAUCAGCCCUGGUGCUUCAUUAAAAAGAACGACAAACUGAGGUGGAACUACUGUAAAGUUAGGAAAUGUUCUGCAGCUCCACCCACCGUACCGACCAUCCAUGAAAUCGAUCCAACUCCAGCCAAGCCAGAGGUCCCUGCUGCCCAGUUCUCCCAGUGUGGGAGGCCGCAGCCAGGCCGCUCCGCCAGGAUCUUUGGAGGAAAGAAGUCUCUUCCUGGAGCUCAUCCCUGGCAGGCGUCCCUGCAGACCAGACCCAGAGGCUCCUCUGGGCCCUUCAGACACAUCUGCGGAGGCAUCCUGUUAGAGUCCUGCUGGGUGCUUACUGCGGCUCACUGCAUUAAAAGUGGAGUGGAAAUGCAGGUGGUGCUGGGAGGAGUGGACAUCGAGAAGGAUGAAACGUUCGAUCAGGUCAUCCCUGUGGAGAAAGCCAUCAUGCAUGAAAAUUACAAGCAGUCCCCAUUUGCUCUUCAUAAUGAUGUUGCCAUGCUUCAGCUGAAAGUCACAGACAGGCCGUACUGUGCCAAAGAGACACGCUUUGUCAAAACAGCCUGCCUCCCCCACAUGAACUUUGACAGCGGGACGGAGUGUGUAAUCUCAGGGUGGGGCGUGACUGAAACACCUCAUGGAUAUUCAUCCAAUUCACCUCUAGCUCGAAUUUACAUCGGAAAACAGGAGAAGUACGGUACCAACCAGCUGCUGGAUGCUCGUGUCCUCCUGAUCUCCCAGGACAAAUGUGAAGCCCCACACGUUUACGGGAACUCUCUGGAUGACAGCAUGUUCUGUGCAGGAAACAUGAAAGGAGGCGUCGACUCCUGCCAGGGUGACUCUGGCGGCCCCCUUGUGUGUGAGCGGAAUGGGACACACUAUGUGGUGGGUGUGGUGAGCUGGGGCGACGGCUGCGGCAAGAAGUACAAACCUGGUGUCUACGCCAACGUGAUCAGAUUUGUUGACUGGAUCGCUUAUCAUUUACUCUGGAGAAUGCCUGGUCGCUGCUCGCUCUGUUUCAAAUUCUUAAUUAACACAAUAGUUCAAUCAUUAAGAUUAAAGUCUGCAUGCUCUGCUUUUUUAUCAAGAAACUCCAGUGUUGAAAUAGUUUGGUUCUCUUCCACAGUCAUAGAUUAUGGAUCCGAGACCACCGACGCUCCCAAUUUAGUUUUUGAUCCGAUAGACUGGUUGUUUGAACUUGUAGACGAGUCCAAUGUUUGUGAUCCAAGCCCUUGCUUUAAUGGUGGGUCUUGUCGAGUGAAAUCUGACACAGAAUUCACUUGCAUAUGUCCUGAGCCCUACGUAGGCAAGAGGUGUAUUAAAGUGAAAGAUAUUUGUGAGAACGUCAGAUGUGGCCGUGGUGACUGUGUCGUCAACAUAAAGAGACCACCUUUUUAUGAGUGCAAGUGCACACCUCCAUACUACGGCCCCAACUGCCAGUCAUUUCCAACAUCACCUUGUGCAGUCAAUCCCUGUAAGAAUGGAGGCUCCUGCGUGGCAGGGGGCAAGCGCUUAAGAUGUGCUUGUCCUCCUGAGUUUACUGGGAGGUUCUGCCAAACUGCCCUCAGUGAUUGUUAUGUAGGGAACGGGGAGUCAUACAGGGGUGCUGUCAGCAUGACAGAGGGCGGCAUGGAGUGUCUGGACUGGAACUCAUACUUCAUUCUGUCACAAGGAGAGGAUCCUUUCGUCAUGUACUCUGACUUCACAGGACUAGAACAUAACAAUGACUGCAGGAAUCCAGAUGGUGACGACAAACCUUGGUGCUAUUACAAAAAGCAGGGCAAACUGGAGUGGGAUUUCUGCAAAAUCAAUAAGUGCUCUGGUGCCCCUCCUCUGAUUCCAGUCCGACCAGUACCAGAGUCUACCCUGUUCUCCCAGUGUGGCAAAGUAGACUUGAGUACCCAGCCUGUUCGCACUGGCAGGAUUUAUGGGGGCACAAAGUCUUACCCUGGUGGUCACCCUUGGCAGGUUUCUCUGCAGGCCAAAUCAAGAGGCUCCUCUUUUGAGUUCAGCCAUUUCUGUGGUGGGAUCCUGCUCUCGUCCUGCUGGGUACUCACUGCUGCACACUGCAUUAACAAUGCAUUUGAAUACCAAGUGGUGUUGGGAGGAGUGCACUUAGAAAAACAAGAACUAAUGGACCAGACCAUCCCAGUGAUACAAACCAUUGUUCAUGAGAACUACAGGGAGACUCGAUUUGCUCUUUACAACGACAUUGCUCUGCUUAAACUCAAAACCACAGAUGCCCCUUACUGUGCCAAAGAAACUCGCUUUGUGAGGGCAGCAUGUCUGCCAGACCAGGCCUUCCCUGCCGGAAAGGAGUGUGUGAUCUCAGGAUGGGGAGCCACAGAAAACCAGAGAUACAGUCCUCAACUGUUGAACGCUCGUGUGUUCAUGAUCUCUGAAGGGAAAUGCAGACGUCCUGAAGUUUAUGGAAGUGUACUGGACAACAGCAUGAUCUGUGCCGGGACUCUGCGGGGCGGCAUCGACUCCUGCCAGGGUGACUCAGGUGGACCUUUGGUGUGUGAGCAGAACGGUACACAUUACAUCAGCGGUGUGGUGAGCUGGGGCGACGACUGUGGUAAGAAGAACAAACCUGGGGUCUACGCCAACAUCAACACCUUUACCAACUGGAUCAAAAGCAAGAUGAACUGAACAU